AUGGGCAGCGAGACGAGAUAUCAAAAUGUUCUCUUUGUCGAGACGAAAGCAGACGGAGGGGGGCACAUCUUCCACGUCACUGGUGAUUUAGUCUCAGGCAUGAGAUUCCAUUCCAAACCGGGGCGAGAACCAGAAAUGUCCCAGACGUUUUACGCAAAGACGUAUCUCGGACGUAUUCGCAUCGAAGACUAUCCAGCACGUUUGAACCAAGUGCUGCAGACGGCGCCGCCACCUGGCCGUCAGAGGGCAUUCAAUCCUAAGACGAUGCGCAUCGAGCAAAUCAAAACAGACGGGACGUUCUAUGAAGCCCAUGAGCAGAGACCACCUUUCAUCAAGUGCACUGAAUAG